AUGAAUAAUUUAUUGGCUAUCUUCUUAAUUACAUUAAAUGUAAUAAAUGCAUUUGAAUUGGAUGUUUAUAGAAUGGUAGGGAUUGAAUAAGAUCAAUUUUGGAGUGGAAGUAAGAUAGCUUCUUUUUAAUUGCUCACAACACACUGGUCAGAAGUAUCAUCAAGAAAAGUGGCAUUAAUAAAAUUUUCAGAAAUAAAUGCUAAUUCAAUAUCUGUAUUACUUACAAACAAACCUAAUGGUGUUUUAAUAAUUCUUGAUGAAUAAUCCGAAGAUAAUGAAUCUUAAAUUUGGGAUUUAAUCCUAACUAAUUUAGGUAUUUAAAUUAUUGAAUAAAGGCCCUAAGGGAGCAACAAUACCAAUUUAUUUUACCUAUGAAUCUGAGAACAUAAACAAUCAUUAUAAAGAAAUUUAAACAGAAACAGAAUAGGAAUAUUAAUUAUAAGUCACAAGUGUCGAUCAAAAAUAAAUUCUUACUUUGGAGGAUUCUUAUGUAAAUAAAAAUCUAAAUAUUAGAAUUUAAUAGAAAGCAUAUCUAACUUUAAAUAAAACAAUCCUUCUACACUUAUUGUGUUAGGAAUUGAUGAGAAUUUACCAUCUGCUGAAAUAACAAUUCCUAUUGAAAGAUUUGGAAUUUAAUCAACAAUUUUCUUUAAGAUUGCUAGGGAAUUUAAAUAUUAAUAAAGAUUGAAGUAAUUAUUAAUAAUUAAUCAUUAUAGUCGAAAUAUAAUAUUUUAUAUUUCAACCUCAUAAUCAUUAAAUGAAUAUGGACUUAAAUAAUUCUAUAAAAAAUAGGAAUACCAAAGAAUUCUAUCAACUAUUGAUAAUAUAAUAAUCUUAGAUCAAAUAAAAUAAAAUGAAAAAUUACACAUAUAAGUAAGUGCUGCUCUUAAAGACUAAAUUAAAGCAUCUAUGAAUGAAAUUGAUGUAUCUCUAGAAGAAACUGAAACUACAAAUAUUUCAAAUAAAGAAAUUGAUACCAUCAGAAUAUAUACAGAAAAAUAAGUCAAAAUAUUGACACAAUAAAAUUCUACAAAAGUACAAGAUAACUAAUAAAUUGUAAUGAAUUUAGUAAGUUAAUUGAUUGAUGAAAAACCAUACGAAUAAUAACAUCAAGAUUUAUUAUUUGAUUAAGCUUUAAGUUAAUUUAUCAAUACACCUAAUAGACAUCCAGCAAACUUAUAAAAGGAUUCAAAAUUCAUCAAUGAAUUUAAUUCUGUAAUAAUUUAAUCUAAAAAUUAGUUAUUAAAAUAAUUAUUCAAACAUACAACAAAAAUGCAAUAUGUAGUUAAAGAUAGAAAAUUCUUUACAUCAUCUCAGUUAAAAGGACAAAUUAUUAAGUUUUAUUCAGCAUUUAUUGAUUUGUAUCUCAUUCUUGGGGUUGGUACAUGGUUAGUUGUUAUUUAUGGUAUAGCAAAAGUAAAUAAAGAUAUUUAUUUUAGUAUGUUCCAAUAUUUAGAAAUGAAUAGAAUGCUCAUAAAAAAAGAAAAUGA